GGCCAACUCCCACUCUUCCUCCCAUCAACACAAACAAGCAUCAAUUCAGUGAGAUAGUUCAAGAAAACCAGCUCUGUUCUUUCAGUAGCGCAACUUCGCAAGUCCACUAGAACAAGGGGAAGAGAUGGCUUCUCCGGCCAAGGCAUCGUGGAUGGUGGCGAUGAGUGUCGGCGCCGUGGAGGCGCUCAAGGAUCAGGCCGGCCUCUGCCGCUGGAACUAUGCUCUCAAGUCCAUCCACCGGGCAGCCAAGGCCAGGGCCAACGUCCGUGGCGGCGUCUCACAGGGUGCCAAGCAGCUUCCGGCCUCUGCUGCGGCGGUGGCGGAGAAGCGGCGAGCGGAGAAGGCCGAGGAGGGGCUGAGGACGGUGAUAUACCUCAGCUGCUGGGGUCCAAAUUAGCACUAGCUGUGAUUACUAGUUAGGCGUUUGCUGCAACAACCACGGCCUGAAACCGGUUGGCUUCCCCGUGGAAUCUUCCGUUGUAAAAAAACACGAUGAUGAUGAUGAAAAAUUUCUUUUACUUCAGUUCA